ACAAAGAAGAUGUUUUUGGAGUUGCUUCAGCUAUUAUGGCAUUGGUUGUUUCAUCCAGUCGAGUGCAGGAUGCGCUCACCACAAUACAUUGAACUUCUUUGUAGAAAAGUUGUUCAAGAACUGACAAAAUUAUUUUCCGUAUAUGGAUCCGGUGUUUUUCAACAAGAUCUGGCUCUGUGUUAUAUAUUGAAACAAGUGAAGAAAUUUUUGAUGAGACUCAAAUUAACAUACUGGAGUGGCCUGGAAACUCUCCUGAUCUGAACCCAAUUGAAAAUUUGUGGUCUGUUUGUAAGCAACGACUUUGUAGAAUGGACUACACAGCGAUGAUUCAGGCCCUAAUUCUUGUUUGGUACAGAGACCCCAAAAUCCUCCAAAAUUGGUGGAUUCUAUAUCGAAUUGCAUCAAGAUGCUUCUCAAGAGUCAAAAAGGUCAUAUCAUGUAUUGAUGUCCUCUUCAAAAUGACCAAGACUCAGAUCUUCCUUCUGAUGAAGGUUCUUGCUCUGGCUGAAUCCCUGAAAGGCCCAUUUCCAUACUCUGCUGACUUCCACAACUGCGCCUAUCUGAAUCACCGUGGCUCCGAGAUGCUCCAGCUACCCUCACUAGAAGAAAAGAUAAAGACGAACGGAGGGUGGGAUGGGGCCUUUGAUUCAUUCACUGUACAUGGGGGUUGUAUGCUAACCAUUUGGCCAGGGCAAGAGAAGCCAAUCGAAUACCAAAGUGGUACUUUUCAGAUAAUCUUCAACGUGACUGCAUUUGUGUGCAGCUGCACGGAGACCGGUUAUGAAAAAUUUUUACGACAGCAUGUUGACAAUGGUGUUAGAAAUGGCAAUUAUGAAUAUUGUGCCAAAAUGAUGAAAAACAGGAAGAUGACUAGACCAGUCUGCAAAAAUGUAAAUAGUUUCAUCCAUGCAAACAAGAAUGAUGUAGUAGCUGUCUGCCUUGAAAACAGUCCAAUACAAAACGGCAUACGCACCAGCAAGAAUCGAUUUAGAGUUACAACUUGCAAAAAUAAGAAAGGAGCUAACAGACUCCCAUGCAAGUACAAAGCAAACAAUGCUUAUGGCUACAUUAAAAUUGCAUGUGAUAAUAAUAAGAAGCCUGUGCAUUUUGAGGGGCUUGUGCCUGCUCCUGUUCCUGCCUCUGAAUUCAUGUUAGAUUAGAUACAUUGACUUGCUGAGCUCUUGCUUCAACAAUUUAGUUUAAGCUUCACUUAAUACUGCAUUUCUAGAGAGUCAGAUAUUACAUUUCUGUACUUUGA